AAUUGAGCCGGGGGUGUGGAGCAGCCAAGAUGGAGCCGGCAGCCGCCUGUCCCGGCCCUCUGAUUGUGAACAACAAGCAGCCCCAGCCGCCACCUCCUCCUCCGCCUGCCACCGCACAGCCUCCUCCCGGGGCGCCGAGGGCCGCUGGAGGCCUCCUGCCGGGGGGCAAAGCUCGCGAGUUUAACCGCAACCAGCGCAAAGACUCGGAGGGCUAUUCUGAGUCUCCGGACCUGGAGUUUGAGUAUGCCGACACAGACAAGUGGGCUGCAGAGCUCGCAGAGCUUUACAGCUAUACAGAAGGACCAGAAUUUCUGAUGAAUCGAAAAUGCUUUGAGGAGGACUUCCGGAUCCAUGUGACAGACAAGAAGUGGACCGAGCUGGAUACCAACCAGCACCGUACCCAUGCCAUGAGGCUUCUGGAUGGCUUGGAAGUCACUGCCCGGGAGAAAAGACUCAAGGUGGCUAGAGCAAUUCUCUAUGUUGCUCAAGGUACUUUUGGAGAGUGCAGCUCAGAGGCAGAAGUGCAGUUCUGGAUGCGCUACAACAUCUUUCUGCUCCUGGAGGUGGGCACGUUCAAUGCCUUGGUGGAGCUUCUGAACAUGGAAAUAGAUAACAGUGCCGCAUGCAGCAGUGCAGUGAGGAAGCCUGCCAUCUCCCUGGCUGACAGCACAGACCUGAGGGUUCUGCUCAACAUCAUGUACCUGAUUGUGGAGACUGUUCACCAGGAUUGCGAGGGUGAUAAGGCCGAGUGGAGAACGAUGCGGCAGACCUUCAGAGCUGAGCUAGGGUCUCCCCUGUACAACAAUGAACCAUUUGCCAUCAUGCUAUUUGGGAUGGUGACCAAAUUUUGCAGCGGCCAUGCACCCCACUUCCCCAUGAAGAAAGUUCUCUUGCUGCUCUGGAAGACCGUAUUGUGCACACUAGGUGGCUUUGAGGAGCUGCAGAGCAUGAAGGCUGAGAAGCGUGCUCUCCUUGGCCUUCCCCCACUGCCUGAGGACAGCAUCAAGGUGAUCCGCAACAUGAGGGCUGCCUCCCCACCAGCUUCUGCUUCAGACCUGAUUGAGCAGCAGCAGAAAAGGGGCCGGCGAGAACACAAGGCUCUGAUAAAGCAGGACAAUUUAGAUGCCUUCAAUGAGCGGGAUCCCUAUAAGGCUGAUGACGCUCGAGAAGAGGAAGAGGAGAAUGAUGAUGACAACAGCCUGGAGGGGGAGACGUUUCCCCUUGAGCGCGAUGAGGUGAUGCCUCCCCCACUACAGCACCCUCAGACAGACAGACUCACCUGCCCAAAAGGGCUCCCUUGGGCUCCCAAGGUCAGAGAGAAAGAUAUCGAGAUGUUCCUUGAAUCCAGCCGCAGCAAGUUCAUAGGCUACACUCUGGGCAGUGACACCAACACAGUGGUGGGGCUGCCAAGGCCAAUCCACGAAAGCAUCAAGACACUGAAACAACACAAGUACACGUCGAUUGCAGAGGUCCAGGCACAGAUGGAGGAGGAAUUCCUUCGCUCUCCUCUCUCAGGGGGAGAAGAGGAAGUUGAGCAAGUUCCUGCAGAAACCCUCUACCAAGGCUUGCUCCCCAGCCUGCCUCAGUAUAUGAUUGCCCUCCUGAAGAUCCUACUGGCUGCAGCUCCCACAUCAAAAGCCAAAACAGACUCAAUCAAUAUCCUGGCAGAUGUUCUGCCUGAGGAGAUGCCCACCACAGUGUUGCAGAGCAUGAAGCUGGGGGUAGAUGUGAACCGCCACAAGGAGGUCAUCGUCAAGGCCAUUUCUGCUGUGCUGCUGCUGCUGCUCAAGCACUUUAAGUUGAACCAUGUCUACCAGUUUGAAUACAUGGCCCAACACCUGGUCUUUGCCAACUGCAUCCCUUUGAUCCUGAAGUUCUUCAAUCAAAACAUCAUGUCCUACAUCACUGCCAAGAACAGCAUUUCUGUCCUGGAUUACCCUCACUGCGUGGUCAAUGAGCUUCCAGAGCUAACUGCAGAGAGUCUGGAAGCAGGGGACAACAACCAGUUUUGCUGGAGGAACCUCUUUUCCUGCAUCAACCUGCUUCGGAUCUUGAACAAGCUAACAAAGUGGAAACAUUCAAGGACCAUGAUGCUGGUGGUGUUCAAGUCGGCACCCAUCCUGAAGCGGGCCCUAAAGGUGAAGCAAGCCAUGAUGCAGCUCUAUGUGCUAAAGCUGCUCAAAGUGCAGACCAAGUACUUAGGGCGACAGUGGCGCAAGAGCAACAUGAAGACAAUGUCUGCCAUCUACCAGAAGGUGCGACAUCGGCUGAACGAUGACUGGGCGUAUGGCAACGAUCUUGAUGCCCGGCCCUGGGACUUCCAGGCAGAGGAGUGUGCUCUCCGUGCCAACAUUGAACGCUUCAAUGCCCGGCGCUAUGACCGGACCCACAGCAACCCUGACUUCUUGCCAGUGGACAAUUGCCUGCAGAGCGUUUUGGGCCAGCGGGUAGAUCUACCUGAGGACUUCCAGAUGAACUAUGACCUUUGGCUAGAAAGGGAGGUCUUCUCUAAGCCUAUUUCCUGGGAAGAGUUGCUGCAGUGAGGACUGAAACUUCAUCUCAUCACCCGUGAGGGACUGUCCUCAUCAUUGCUGCGGUUCUCGUCAUGUCCUCCAGAUGGCAGCACAGCUCCAUUGAGUCCUUACAGCCAGCCCUGGGCCUGUGAGGACGUUUAGGCUGACCUCUGCCUGACUCCCAGCAUCCUACUCAGGAGCAGUCAUCUCCAAGCUGGAAUCUACUCUUUCUCCACUUCCCCAGUUUCUUCCCUCCCUUCUUGGUCAUGACUGAUUGCAACUUAUUUCACAAUUAGCCGUAGGCUGGGAAAAGCUGAGACUGGCCUUGCAUCCCUUCUCAUCAGCAACUGAAUCUCAAGGUCACACUGACUCCUGAGCAGUUUUGACAUGAGAUUGGUGUGAGGGUCAAGAACUGAAAACUGACACUUUGGUUGUGCUCUGGGGUUGACGAUGCCAUUCCAGCAUCCUGGGGAGUUUGUCCAGAAGUGAUAGAAACCACAGCUUCUGCACCCUGAUUUUGGAUGUGAUCAAAGAUAGAGCAAGGCUUCCUGAAGUCAGAGGUGCCAUAUUCCUCUUGAUUGCCAUGGCCUGUAAAUAUAUAAAAUUCUCUGUGUUCUCUUGUGUCAUGGUGGGGUUUUUAAUGUGUUUGUGUAUUCUGUUUACAUUAAAAGAAAGCAAAACUA